UUUAUCUGCCGUUCACAAGCAGGAAGAACUAAUCGAUGGUGAGAGGUCAGGGUGGCUGCUGUCCUUGGAGGGCACUAACUGGGAGGGACCUGAGAAUAUGCUGAGGUGGUGGCUGCGUGGCUGCAAACAGGCGGAGGCCUGCCAGGCUGCUGCCUGAGAAGAGGAGCCCCUCACAUACUAACAUGGAGACGCUGGGUCCCUCACACUGAAACAGCGCACUGGCUCUCCAAAUGCAGCCUCAAGGCCGGUGGCUCGGCUGCCACACCCCUCCAUCCCGGGAGGUGUUUGUGGGGGGUUCUGGAGACCCGAUCUGUGGGGGCCCGAAGGGAAGGCCGGGUGUGCGAUGCAGCAUCGUGUGUGGGUGGGGACCGUGCGUGUCUCCCAGGACAGCAGACAAGGGUCCCAGGCUCCUUGAUAUGAAACUUGACAUGAAAGUUCACACUGGGACAACGGGGCUGGAGCAUUUGGGACAGACGGUGCAAGAGGAGCGGUGGGCCCAGAGAGAAGCCUGCAGCCAGAGAUGCCGGGCUGUCACACGUAACCGCUCUCCAGGCAGCCAGGCCUCCAGCCCACACCCAGCUGCUGCCCUGGGCUCCCCGAAUUCACCGUCCUUUUCUGGAACUCCUAAGCCUGACCCCACUCCCUGGCCCUCCCGGCCCACAAGUCCCCUGACCCCACACCCUUUCCCAGAACCCAGCCGUCCGCGCAGCCUGCGGUUCUCUGGGGCCUCAGCCUUCCUGCCUUCGGCUGAAAGGCAGCACCUCUGAGCCCUGGGGGCUUCCCCGGCCCAGCCGGCCUAGAACCGCCUGCCGCUGCCGCUUCCUCUAUAAAGGGCCCCCCGGGCGCACAGCAGGUCUCCCAUGCCACCACCGGGACAUCUCUCCCUGCGGAGGGGGCGUGGCGCCCCCCUCCUCCUCCUGGGGCUGCUGCUGGCCCUGCCACCUGCCGCCCAGGGGCUCCCCGAUGUUGGCCUCUCAGCUGCGCAGACUGCCCAUCAGCACCCCCAGAAGCACUUCGCACAAGGCACCCUCAAACCUGCCGCUCACCUUGUUGGAGACCCCAGCGCCCGGCACGCGCUGCGCUGGAGAGCGAGCACGGACCGCGCCUUCCUCCGCCACGGCUUCACCCUGCGCAACAACUCGCUGCUGGUCCCCGCCAGCGGCCUCUACUUCAUCUACUCCCAGGUGGUCUUCUCGGGGCAGGGCUGCUGCCCCGCGGCCAGCCCGGCCCCCAUCUACCUGGCGCACGAGGUGCAGCUCUUCUCCGCCCAGUACCGCUCCCACGUGUCCCUCCUCAGCGCUCAGAAGUCCGUGAGCCCCGGGCCGCAGGGGCCCUGGGUGCGCUCGGUGUACCAGGGCGCCGUGUUCCUGCUCGCCCGGGGCGACCAGCUCUCCACCAGCACCGACGGCAUCGACCACCUGCUCCUCGGGCCCAGUACUGUCUUCUUUGGAGCUUUCGCGCUGUAGAAAAUUCCAGAAAGAAAACAAAUUGGUUUCCAGGCCUUCUCCCCAUCUUGCCUCCACCCUGACCAUCUCAAAGGUCACCUUGCCUGUGACCAUUCCAGCAGUCUCAGGUCUCCCUGCUCAUGUCACCUGGAGCUUCAAAGAAGGCGCCCUGGGCACCCAGGGUCCCCUCCCCAGCUGCCCAGAUCCCACUGCGCUCCGGGCGCCUGGACGCUCCCACCCAGAGCUCUGCUCUGUGCUGCCCGCCUGGAGGACAGGGAGGGCGGGGACAGGGAGGGGAGCAGGCACGCCGGGAGCAGGUGGCUGUCUGGAGGCGGGGAGGGGGAUUAUUUAUAAGGAGAAAAAAAUAAGUUAUUUAUUUAUGGAGGAUGGAGGGAAGGGAGAAAUAGGGGACAUGAGAGGAGACAGAGAUAAGUGUGCCCACCCGAUGGGGCGGGGGACAUCUCGGGAUGCCCUGGAGGGGCCAGGUGGUCCGGCCAGGCCCUAGGAGAAGAGCCCCAUCGCCCAACACCUGCCAGGAGACAUCGGCACCUCCCUGAGGCCCAAUAAACCUUUUUCUGCGAGAUG